AUGGCAGUGGUCCUAAAAAGGCUUCCAACGGGCCAUCGACGAGCCGUCCUGUCGAGUGGGGAUCCUGAACCAUUCGCAAAUCAAUAUUAUAUUCUCCGAGUCGGCAUGAGCUCACCAUGCGCUACGGUAGCGUUCAAAAUCUUCGCCGUUUUCUGCAUCAUCGCUAUCCAGGGCCCACUCGUCCACGCACUAGGUUCAGUAUACGGCUACCCAAUAAAUUACUGCGGCAACAAAACCGACCAAGUCAUAGAGUCAUUCGAAGAAGCGCUCUACUUCGUCGAAAGCAAUGUUCUCGAGGAUGUCAAGAAAGUCCGCUCCAAGACGCAACCACGCGACGCCUUCCUUACAUACUUCAAAGGCAUACGCCUCAAGGUGCCUGUAGCAAAACUAUUCUCAGACAUGGUCGACGUCCAACGACCUGAGCAACAAAACCUGGAAACAAACAAAUUCAGGAUUUAUUGUCUUACAGAGGAUGCUCCGGAUCCUGUGCUCGUGUAUGCGUAUCAGGAGGCGUGCACCGUAUAUGAGGACACGGAGGCUGCCUACUCCUCAGACAUACCGAACGAUCAAGGCGGAAAUGUCUUGCUCUGUCCAGCUUUUUUCGAUCUGCCACUGUUUCCGAGACCGCACAACGAAUGCCCGAGAAUUCGAAACAAUACUAUGGAGAACAAUGCUAACCUAUCUCUGAAUCGGCUGGGGGCGGUUGUACACGAGCUAGCUCAUGCUCAUGGCGCUGUGGACGAGUCAACUGAUGUAGAGGUAUAUUACGAUCAGGACGCGGCAGAUCUCUUUCCUAGUGACCAGUUGAGAAAUGCUCAGAAUUAUGCGCUCUAUGCUGCUUGUACGUGA